AAAUAACCCAAGCUAGGGUUCAUGUCCUGGUUCUGGUAUUCAUAGCUAGCGCGCUGCGAGAAACAACACUGCCGCAACGCAACCGUUAGCAAACACACGAACACUGUGUGACCUUUCGUCGAACACUUGGAAGGCACAAUGGGAGGGAGGAAGAAGAAGUUCAUCGACAAGAAGAACUCUGCUACCUUCCAACUCAUCGCUCGCGACUCCUCCGACCCUUCCUUCUCCCACUCCGAUCGCGUCUUCGUCCGCGUCGACAACAACCCUGUCUCCAUCCCCGUCGCUGCCGACUCCAUUUACGAAGACGCCCCUGACGACGGCGACGACGACGACGACGAAUACGGCGCCGGACUCGACGGCGGUCCGCUGCCGGAGGACGUCAGGCGCGAGAUUCUCGAGCUAGGGUUUCCGGAUGAUGGCUACAACUACUUGAGUCACUUAAGGGAAAUCAAGAACACUGGCGCUGGUUCUUCCUUCUUUCACAACCCCAAGUUCAAGCUUCAGCACCUCCCUCGAGAUGUUAAGGCGUAUGAUGCUUCGAGGUUGCAAAUUUCUCACCUCUUGAUUUUUGAAGAGAUUUUCGAACUUGGUGAGUUGCUACUGGGUAUCACGCCGGGUGCAGUUCUUCGCGCUGAGUGCAAUAAGAAUUACGCUGGGCGCGCUAGUUCCCUGGUGCUCUCUGGUUGUGCCCCGCCGGGCGCGACUAUGAGUGCGCCGGGCGCGUAUAUGAUGUUGCCUUAUAUGUUGUCUUAUGUUGAGUUGGACUGUGAAUUGUUGGAUGAUGUUGUUAUUGCCGCUAUGCGAUGCUGUUAUUGCCGCUAUGCGAUGCUGUUAUUGUCGCUAUGCAGUGCUGUUAUUGUUGCUAUGCAGUGA